AUGCCUUUCCUCGAUAUUGAAGGUAUCCCAAAGGGUGCCGCCGUUGCUCAGCUCAAGACUAUCAAAUUUUCAGAACUGCUUGAUAGGAGCGAGUCAGAGAUGGAGAAUCUAAUCUCAGCCUGCGAGCACUAUGGCUUCUUCUACCUGGACCUCACGUCCAAUGAAGCUGGCAACAUGAUGCAGGAUCUGAAAGACCUACGAAUUCUCAUGAAAGACUGGUUCAAGCAACCAGUAUCCACCAAGAUGAAGACACCAACUAUCUCGAAUGCUCACGGCUACAAACCAAUUGGUGUUCAAUCUGGUAUUAGCGAGAACACCAAAGAUGGAUGGGAAGCUCUCAAGAUCGGCCACUGUGAACUGAAGGGCAGAUGGGGCCUCCCUCCGGUGGUCACCUCUCACCAGCGAAUCUUUGACGAUUUCUCCGCGGCAUCGCACUACAUCCUCAAGAACCUGCUUGACUGCAUUUCCAGCGGACUUGGCCUGAAGGAUGAGGAGAGCUUGCACAACUAUCACAGGGAUGACGAGCCAUCCAAGAGCACUCUAUACUUUCUCCACUACCCGGCGGCCACUAUAUCCCAAGCAGGUGUGGGUCAGAACAUGCAUACCGACAUUGGUUCUUUGACAUUGCUAUUUGCCCCACAAUGGGGUCUGCAAGCUCUCUCGCCAGACAGUGGAGAUUGGGAAUGGGUGGAGCCAAAGCCAGGCCAUGCUAUUAUCAACGUUGGUGAUACACUCCGUUUCUUGUCAGGAAGGCGUCUGCGCUCUGCCCUUCAUCGUGCGGUACAAAUCGAGGGCGUCGACCGUUCUUCCAUCUCAUACUUCCUUCGCGCUAGUGACAGGACAGAAUUCCGCGACAGCGAUGACGUGAAGACGGAUGCGAAGAAGUGGUAUCUACGCAAGUAUGAGACGUACAAGCAGUCUCACGAGGUCCAACGCACGGAGACCGUCUUGACUGGUGGAAUGAUGGAUGAGUUGGUCGUGGCUCCAUAA